AUGAAAUUAUUAAUUCUUUACUUAUUAUUAUGUGUCCUGGUGGCUUUAAAUGUUCAUCAAACAGCUGCAGUAAUUGGCACUAUGGACGAGAUGAGCGAUUCUGAUCCUUCUAUGAUGACAGGCGAUGACCAAAGAGAGGAUGAAUCCCGUGUAAAAGUGCCUGUCGGAAAUGUGCAUCAUAUGGGACAAACAAGGGCAAACGUGAGAAUGCCUGCGAAAAACAAGGCGAAGAAGCGACCGUGCGGUUGGAUCAACUUUGCGGACAGUAAUUUUGCCACUGGAGACGUCAACGUUGACGUAGGAGGCUUUGGUAUCAUCAAUGGCCGUAUAAAUGGCUGUUAA